AUGAGGUCACCGGCUGCCAUCCUCUUCCUCCUCGCCGUCGUUGUCGCCGGCGCGGGCGCGGCGUCCGCGUUUGGAUCCGAGAAGCCGCCGACCGUGGCCGUAGGCGUCGUCAUGCCGGCGGACCCUCGCGGGCCGAUGCUUGCGCGCUUCGCGGUGCUGGUGUACAGCCUGAGCCGGAACGCCAAGCUGACGUACGCCGGCGUGUCUGGCGUCGACCAGCGCCCCGACAAGGGCGGUGUCAGGUACCAGAUGGUGGUCACCGCCGUCGACGCCGGCGGUGCCACGGCCAAGUACCGGGCGGUCAUCUGGGGGGUCCCCGAGACCUCGCGGUGGACGCUUCUGCGGUUCAAGCGCAUAAACUGA